UUGUACAUGAAGUCAAAGAUCGCUGCAAAUUGGCAUAUUCCUGUCACCAAUUAGAUAGAUCUAUAUUUAUUAUUGAAACUAAUUUUAAACUAGAUACUUCGCAAUUUUAAGCAAAUUAACUCCCCUUGAGAACGCCCCUACGAUAGAUGGCGAUGACGAAUAAGAACAUCCGCCAUUUUUAGUUACAUUGUCAAUAAACAAACCAAAGACAGGUUGUUUGUCCGUAAAAUUAAGCGAUACAAAAGGAGCGCUUUGUUAAACAAAUUGGUUUUAUUGGUAUCAUUUAGACGUUUUUAGCUAACAUACUACAGGUUAAUUGGCCAACAUGGCUGCAGGCCCAUACAAUUACAGCUAUAUCUUCAAAUACAUCAUAAUAGGUGAUAUGGGAGUAGGGAAAUCCUGCUUGUUACACCAGUUCACAGAAAAAAAAUUCAUGGCUGAUUGCCCUCACACUAUAGGAGUGGAGUUUGGAACGAGAAUAAUUGAGGUAGCCUCACAAAAGAUAAAGUUACAGAUCUGGGAUACUGCUGGGCAGGAGAGGUUCAGAGCAGUCACUCGCAGCUACUACCGUGGGGCUGCAGGUGCCCUCAUGGUUUAUGAUAUUACGAGACGUAGCACAUACAAUCAUUUAAGCAGCUGGUUGACUGAUGCCAGGAACCUCACAAACCCUAACACAGUUAUAUUCUUGAUUGGCAAUAAAUGUGAUUUAGAUGCUCAAAGGGAUGUUACCUAUGAGGAAGCCAAACAGUUUGCUGAAGAAAAUGGUUUGAUGUUCUUGGAGUGCAGUGCAAAAACGGGUGAAAAUGUUGAAGAUGCCUUUUUGGAUACAGCUAAGAAAAUUUAUCAGAAUAUCCAGGAUGGCAGUUUGGACCUGAAUGCUGCAGAGUCGGGAGUCCAGCACAAGCCGGCUACACCUCGCAAUCCAAUCAACACUGAUCAACCCCCGAACAAAGAGGGAUGCGCCUGCUAGAAUAAAUACAUUUGGACUCAUCAUCAAUGUGAUCAUCUAUUUUUGUGGUUGUCAUACAUCAUCAUUAUCACACACCUCCUGAUGUUUGCUUGGACAUGGUUUCUGGAAUUAUUAUAAUCCCCCAGGCUGAGUGGUGAUAACUGUCAUUAUACCAGUUCACUUGAAUUGCCGUUGGUUGACUGAAUGGUUGUAAUAAUUGAAAGGAAGCCAUUGUCGUUGUUGUAUUUGUAAUAGGAUGGGAGAGAACUAUUUUUUGUGACAAAAUAUUUCCAUUUUUUUUUUUAUUAAUGUGGCUGUGCUUAUAUUUUUAAAAUUUUGUUUGGGAAUUGAAAAAAAAUAAUCCAUAAACUGAAAUUAUUGCAUUAAGAGUUACUAAAUUAACUUUGGUGAGAGGGUGGGUGGUUAUAUUUUUUUUUUAAAUUUGUGUUCUUCAUAUUAAUUCUUAUGCUCUUAUGUUAAAUUGUAUUAUUUCUUUUUUUAUUUAAAAGCCUUCCUUAUUUUGAACUUACAAUUUUUUAAACACUUUUUAAAUUCCAAAAUAUCUGCUUAUAAAAUUAUAUAAUGUAAUGAUAUAAAGUGAAACAAGCAAAACAUUUUGAAGUUUAGUAUACAAACUCAAUGCAGAUUCUGAUGGUGUGAAUGGCAACAUACUGUAUAUUUUUUUUUAUUAACUUAUAUAAAGUUCCUUUAAAUUUAACUGCUGUUGAAACAUGUUCUAUGGGAACUCUUUUUUUUUUUUUAAUGUGAUAUUCUUUAUGGCUUGUUCAUCACUCUAUCAUCCUUAGAGUUUUCUCAGUGCAUGUUUCCACAGCAGUGAAAGUAUCAAACUCUUAACAAUAAUGUUUAGUCAUGUCUUACUUAUUUCAUUCCUCCAGUUGAAAAUUGAAGAAUGUUUCAUUUUCAGAUGUUUUUUUUUUUUUGGGGAAUUUACUGCAGCCAAAUAACAAAUAAUAGGAAAGAAACCAAUUGUGAAACAAGUGAAUUGUCUGGACAUAUUAACAUUACUUUUGGAUUUAUUUCAUAUUGAUGUGACCUUGCCACAUCGCAUAAGAUAGACCUAAUUAUUAUUUUUAAAACGUGUAACAGUAUUUAUUAAUUUAAGACAACACUCAAAAAAAGUUUGGUGCAGAUAUGUAUCACUGGGUCAGUUGAAUCAUUUGUACAAGCAUGAUUUUACAGGGUUGAGGUAGCUGUAAAAACAAACAUUUGAUUAAAUAUUAUUAUUUACAAAUCUGUGUCAACUUUGUAUUGAAUGUCAGAUCUAACCAGGGGUCUUAUCCAGAUGCAUACAUUUGUGUAUUUACCAGCUGUAAUAAUGGAGUAGUGACAUGUAUAUAUUAUGCACAUAUGUAAAAUUGAAUAUACUUGAAACAGUGCAAUGUAUUGAGUUCUUGGACAUCUUAUUUUACAAUUGUUGUAUUUGAAUGAUUGGGACAAUGCAACGCGAGCACAAAGUUUCUGACUUCAUUCCAAAUUUAUCUAAGCAUUACAUUUUUAAUCACCUGUGCUUCAAACAACAGACUAUUUUUUAAUUUAUUCAUUUACAACACAGAGAUACCUGUUAGGGGUUUGGGGGUAGGUUAUAGGGAAGAUGAUGGUUGUAUGUCUUGCGCACUGAAGAAAAGUUGAUGCUUUGUGUACCAACAUAUUUUAUACCAAGCUGUUGUACAUUUUUAAAAAACGUGUGCAAAUAGCAGGAUCUUGUUGUAUUUAUUGGAUUUUGCUAACAAUAGUUGUGUUGUGUUGACUUGGUAGGUGUCUAGCCUGAUGUCCUGUGAACUCUGACCUAAUUUCUGCCAAACAUCAUAGAUAUUGUGUUUUGAAUUUUUUAUAAAAAAUUAAUCCCAACAAAGUUGUUUGUUAGGGUUUCAAAAUCCAUGUACUCAUUAUUCAGGACUCUGUGAAAAUCAGUUUACAUCUUUACUUUGUUAGCAUGGGGUUCAUUUUCAAUUAAUUUAAACAGAAAUUUACCUAUUACUUCAAGCAAGUUUCAUUAAUAUUAAAAGUACCAACUACACAACUAGUUAUGUUUGUUGGUUAGUUUUAUUCCAGCUUAUAUUCACCACAUAGAUCAAUGUAUAUUUCUUGAAAUAGUCUUUAGUACUAGAGGACUGUGUUUUUCAAACACCAAACUGCAUUAUUUUAAAGUCCUGCUUCUAAGUUCUUGAUGUUUUAUUAGUAAUUCAACAAGUAAUCACUGUUACAAUCACUGUUACAUUUGACAACAAAAUAUUUUUUCUUCUUGAUUGCCUUCCACAAUGGAUUUUCCAAAUACUUUUUGUUAACUGGAUAUAAUUUUUGUGUAAUAUAAGUGUCUGUUUUUCAUGGGUUACACGAAAAGGGGAUACAUUGUAGUUUUCCGAAUUUUUCUUAUCUAUACGGUUUUUAGUUCAGCUCUAUGUAAACCACUUGUUUGAUCAUACUUUUUUCUCAACUAAUUUUAUGAUAAUAAAUUUCACCAUCUAAUAUAUAUAUAUAUAUAUAUAUAUAUAUAUGUAAAGGAAAUCUUUAUCAUUAACUUGAAACUUUCAAAUUAAACUUAAGAACACAUGAAAAUGAAAUCAAAUUUUUCUGGAUUCCUUAAUUCCAAUCCUUUAAAACCAGGAUAGUUUUUGGGACCAAUUUAGCCUGAGUCCUGUCAUUAGCCAACACUAACACAGUGUAUGCAGAUGUUGUGGUGUAACCAGUGGGCUUGUGUUGUUUGUAGUAGGCUUGAUGUUGAUGGAAUUUGUCUUGUUAUAAUGUCCCUAGUUUUAUAAAUGUAAAACUGGCUGUAUAUAUAUAUUUCUAGUUAUUGCUUUCACACACACACACACACAAAGAAUAACAUGUUAGAGAAAAUGUAGUGUUUUUAGAUCAAGAUUUGAAGAGCACCCAUUUUGAGCCUGAAUUUAACUUGUCUUGAUUUUUUUUAAAAAGAUACUGGAUUGGAUGAAUUUUGUUGAACUUUUCCAUUAAAUAAUUUUCAGUUGUUUGUGUAAGCUGGUCAGUUAUAGAAGUAGCUAUAUGUGGGUGCCAUUGUUUAAAAAAAUACAUAUUUAUGAAAAGAGAUUUCUUUGUUCUAGAUUGUUUUGUAUAAGGGAGGUUUUGCAGCAAAUUGUGAACAUUCUGGCUAAUGUGUUUGAAGUUUUUUUUGUGUUAUGAAUAAUGAUUUGAAUUGUCUUACUUUGUACUACUGUAUGACUUGACCAGAAAUAAGUCCUUGUAAGUCUUGCUUCAAAUUCUUUAAAAGAAGUAAAAUAAUGGUUUUGUUUCCCGA